UUUGCACAAUGGCCAAUUUUCUGGGCAUAACUCGCUUGGGCAGGCUGUUCCAGGCCAUUCGCGAGGCCGGCGGCUUCAAGCAAGCCUAUUUAAAGCUAUACAGAAAUGAUGAUCUGAAGACAGGCAAACUUGUUGGCAUAGACAAGUACGGGAACAGAUACUAUGAGAACCCCUACUAUUUCUAUGGCAGAAACCGCUGGGUGGAGUUUUCCCCACAUGUCAACAUGGACUACGAUGGCUCGCAGAUACCUGCCGAGUGGUUCGGCUGGAUGCAUUACAAGACCGAUUUGCCACCCAUCCGGGAUGGCUGCCGACCCAAGCACAAAUGGAUGAUGGACCACAGCGAGAAUCUGUCGGGCACCAAGGAGUCCUACAUGCCAUACACCACAACGCCCCCCAAAGUGGAGGCUUGGAAUCCAUCGGCAAUGAAGUAGUGACUGCUCCAAGCAAACAUAGAAAUUCGUUAGCAUAGAUGGUUAUUAUUUAAAAAAUUAAAAUGCGAAUGGAACACUCCUAGGGGCAGCAGACGCCAUAGCGCUAAUAAAAUUUGCUUUUUGUUGAGCAUCUUUAUUUGCAAAAGGAA